GGUGAAAACAGUGCAUGGACUCUGACACACAGCUGGCAGAAUGGUUGGGGUGAUUUGGACAAACACCAGCAAAUGGUUCCUCUCCGGGCCAUUGGCGGCACAUACCUGGCCCGCACCGGCCCGGCCCUGGUAGAGGUGGAGCAGGCCGGGAUACACCCAGGUGAGGUAUUUUAAUGAGGGAGGGCUGGUCCGGGUAAAAUGCAGUUUGACAAGUUGGGCGAGAACUUGUUCCCAGAUGUGUCAUUUCGGAGUUGUUGCUAGGAGACACACCGAUCCACUGUCUUUGCAGACUGGGGCAUAAACAAGUGACUUUAUGAGCGGACGUUUGCAGGUGUUGUGAUGGGACAUUGCGGAUUGCAAGCUGCCACAGAGUUCUCCUUUAACUUGCCAGAUUAAGUUUUUAGAUCUCUGAUCGAAAGUCCAACUCAAACCCUCGAGGAAAGUGGUGGAAGUUGCAGGGACUGGAAAGAGAUUUUGCGAAGGGAAACAUAUGUUAAGGAGAGUUUCAGCUGCCCUGUGGAAAUAAUACAAAAUCAAGCCUUUGGAUAAAAUAUGCUGAGGGAGACAAUGCCACAGUUCAAGUCAGCGACAACCUGCACCAUCGUAGAGACUCCUGAAACACCCAGGAGGGCAAAUGUUCGAAGAGUACGGCUCACACUACACGCUGAAGGGAACUCUGCCUUGGCGAAAGAUGGAAACAAAAGUAAAGGAGAAACAGAAACGCCUCUUCACAAUGGCUUUGGUUCAUCCUCCACUCCCAAAGGCACGGUGUACGGCGUGGUGCAACGAGCUGACACUGAUAAAGCGGAGGUGGUUGUGUACGAAUGGUCGGUUAAUCAGCUGAAAGAGGAAAUGAAAUACAUCAAGGAGGUGCGGCAGUCACUGGAACAAGUCCGAAAGCAAAUGUUUGGCGAGUUCAACGGGAUGAAGGAGAAAAUGCAGCAGCUGACAGAUGAAAUGAAGGCGUCGGAGACGCGGCAAACAAACAUGAAGAAGGAUGUGGACAGCAACUCCUCGGCCCUGGACAAGUACAAGCAGAUGAACAACUCCCUGACCGCCAUGACGUUAGACUUGCAGCGGACCCUCUUGGAUUCAGCAGUAGAUACCAGCAAGAGGCAGGAGAAAAUGAGAGAGGUCCAGAAGUCGUAUAAACAGUCACAGGAGCAAAUAAAGGAGAAGGAUCAUCAGAUACAGAGCGCACAGAUGGAGAACCAGAUCCUGAAACUUAAGGUAGAAUCUUCCCAGGAAGCCAACGCCAGUGCAAUGCGGGACAUGACCAGGAAGCUUUACAGCCAAUAUGAAGAUAAAUUGCAAGAAGCUGAGCGGAAGCACCAAACAGAAAAGGAGGCUCUGCAGGCACGAAUAAACCAGGCGCUCCAAGAACUGAAGGAAGCCAACCAGAAGAUCCUGGCAGUAGAGCAAAAAAUAGCAGAAAGGGACCAGAGGAUUCAGGAGCUGGACCAUUUCAUCGCUCGAAUGACGGAGGAACGUCACCUCUUGCAGCAGAGGUUACAGGAACACGAGGAGCACCAGUGGCAGCUCAGACAGAGAGAUGAACCAGACGCACGGAGCGAUGAGAGGUCCCAGAGAGCGGAGGAGAAAGCUGCCAGUCUGCGGGAAAGAAUCCAACACCUGGACAACAUGGUACACUGUCAACAGAAGAAAGUCAAAAACAUGAUUGAAGAGAUUGAAAUCCUUAAGAGUAAAAUUCAACACAAAGAUGCAAUUAUUGAGAGCAUGGUGGAUAGGAUUUCUUUCUUGGAAGCUGAGAAUAAAGAACUACAAGACAAAUUGGACUACAUGUUGUCACUGGAUCAACGGAGAACGGUGGAGACCAGGGAACAAGCUGUGACUUGUGAUAUUCCCAUCAGGACUCAGCCAGUGAAAAACAACCUCAAAGCAUCCACGCCAUACAUGAGGCUGAUGGAGUUGAGUCUACAGAGACAGAUACCCUGAAUGACUUGCUCUUUUAACAAUACCUGCGGUCAGCUGAAUAUGUGGGACUAUAAAACGGAAGCAUUGCUUCGGCUAGUUUGCCAAGAGCUAGUGCUGCUCAGAAGUUACAGUAUUUGGCAUGAAGGUGAUUCUUUAUUCCAAAAGUGCAAUAACAUUUAAAAUGAAGGAUAAUAUUUCUCUCCAUCAAUCCACACACACCAGGCAUUUUGUAUUGUGUGUGAGAUCAGCAAAAAACAAUAUGCAAUAUUUAUUAUCAAUAUUUUUUAUUACAACUUUUGUGCAUUUAUUUUGGUUCAGGAAUUAAAGCUAACUAUUUUUAUCUAAGGUGAUAUGUAAAUGCAGGAAAACAAUUCUUAAAGGGGUUUUACAGAAUUAUUCUUGACAGUUAAAUGCUGUUUUUGUAUUGACAAAGUAUGUUGGUUAUUGUUUUAUAUGCUACUGCCAAAUGAUUAAUGUUACAAUUGAAUGUGAUGCCACUGCAGUUCUGAUCCAUAUAUAUCUGUAUAACUCACUAUUAAUUAUGAAGUUAACUUAUGUUUUACAUAGUACCAUGGAGUGCACAUGCCUUACAGUGCCAGAGACCCAAUUUGAUCCUGACCUUGGGUGAAGUUUGUCUGGAGUUUAAACGUUCUCCCUAUAACCAUGUGGGGUUUCUCUGGUGCUCCAGUUUCCUCCCAUAUCCCAAAGAGGUGCGGGUUUAUUGGUUAAUUGGCCUCUGUAAAUUGCCCCUAGUGUGUAGAGAAUGGAUGCAAAAGUGGAAUAAUAUAGAACUUGUGUGAAUGGGAGAUUGAUAGAUCACAGUGGGCCGAAGGGCCUGUUUCCAUGCUGUAUAUUUCAAUCAAUCAAAAAAAGCUUAAUGAAAUCUUACAGAAGGGAAUUUGACAGAGAUCGGCUAUGUUACCUCCAAGUGAGACUUGAUGGGCAAUAUUCCACAAGGAGUAAGAAAGUAGGCGGUUUCCCUUUUAAUAAGGAAUGAGUGGAAUUUUUUUCUCGCCGAGAGUUGUGAGUCUUUGGAACUCUCUUCCCCAAAUGCCAGUAGAAGCAGAGUCAUUGAAUACUUUUGAUAAGCAAAAGGUAGUUUUCUGGCGGAAGGCAGGAAUAUUAGGUUGAGAAUAUAGUCAGAUAAAUCAUUAUCAUAUUAAAUGGCAGAACAGGUUCAAUGGGCCGAGUGGCCUACUCCUGAGUUGUUUAAAAUGAAGCUCAAACACGUGACCUCCUACCAUUGAAAGAUCCAAGCUCUGAGAGAUAAAAGGUUUGAUUGGUUUUAAAAAUAAUAGUGAAAAGAGAAAAUAGAUGGGUGCAUUGUUGUGAGACGAGACUAACUUCAAAUUCAUCACUGUGACAUCAGUUAGGCUAAAUGUGAAACAAAUUGGUCAUAUUGCUUCUUUAGUGGUUUAACAUCAGGAUGAUACGGAGUAUAAAGGUGCAUCUAAACAAAGAAAUGGAAAUUAAAUCUAACUAAGAUUCAACGAUACAGUUAACAGAUCCUGUCAGUUUAAUCAAAAUAAUUUUUUUAAUAAAAUUACUAAUGUAGGCUUCUGCUGUUUACAGCCAUUUUAUCAAUGAAAUAUUUAUUUACGCAAUUCCAAUGAAACAACAUGAAAAGAGUUCAUGUGUUCAACGUUUUAGAUUCGAGUGUAUAAUAAUGUUGCUGAAGGUAGACAAAAAUGCUGGAGAAACUCAGCGGGUGAGGCAGCAUCUAUGGAGCGAAGGAAAUUGGCAAUGCUUCGGGUCGAGACCCUUCUUCAGACAUGUUGCUAAUGUAACUUUACACAGAAAGUCAGAAAUCUUCGGGCGCUGCUAUUGAGAUGAAAGCAGCGAAGAUGCCAUAAAAUGGAAGUGAGUGAACAGCUGAAAUCUGGUUUAAAUUAAAAUCCAAUGUGGCUUGGGGCAGAAUGAAUGAAAACAGAAGCAGUUUAAGGAACCUCUCCUGAGGUAAACGGUGGAGUCCAGUCUGGCCAUUUAUUGGAUCACGUGGGGUUUAACUGUGUUCCAUGCUGACCUACCAUUUAGCAUUAUCCUUAAAAAGCUGCAGCUUAUUUGAGUUUAAAAGCACAUUACCUUUAUUUGUUUGAUCAAAGGAAAGGAUUUGCAUUUGUUUAGUUCUUUCACAAACUUAGAAACUCCAAAUGCAUUCUACAAUCAAUGCAGUGAUUCCUGUAAUGCAAAAUUCUUUGCAACCAAGACAAAGAUCCCACAAAAUUUAAAACCAGCUAACCUGUUCAUUUUAGUGAUAUAGGUUGACAGGCUAUCUGAAAUUGUUGAAUUAAUGUUGAGUCUUGGCUUAUCAAGUCUCAGAGUGCGGCUGUCCCUUUAGUUCUAUUGUGCACUGAACUGUAGACUUGGUUUAUGUAUUCAUGUUCUGGGGCUUGAACUAUUAACUGACUUGGGGAGGAGAGUGCUACCAAUAAGCCAAGACUAGCAAUUCACUGAUGAAAAGCCAAUGGAUAGGAAUUCAGGGGAACUGUUGUCCUGUUCCUAGUGCUGAAAGUGGUCAGCUUCGAGAACUGCCUGAGAAAGUGCUCAAAGCAGACACACUCACAACAUUUAAGAAGCACCUGGAUGAACAUUGGAAUCACCCAGGCACAAUCGGCUACAGACCAAUUGCUGGGUACUUGUUGGUUGGCAUGGACAUGGUGGGUCGAAGAUCAUGUUUCAGUGCUGGAUGACUUUAUAAUCCAGUCAAAUGGACUCCAUCGGUGCAUCAAUGUGACCACAGACGAGCAUUGCAAAAAAUCUUUGAGCAUAAUUAUUGAAAAAGUAGACUCUGUUACAUAUAACAUUCAAAUGGAACAACAACAGACAGAAUUUCUCAAAGAAGAUAUUUCCCAUUUCUGAUUUAGCCAGAGGGGUUUCUUCAUGUAAACCAUAGCUGAUCCCUUUUAUAUGAGCGUGGCAUCACACUUGGAAGAAAUUGGACCCUGUGCGUGUUAUUCCAGCUUGCUUACUGACGUCACACUGCAUGCUUCAUUGCUCAUAUUGUAAAUUUUACAGCUGUAGAGCUGGUAAUGAAAAUAAGGAAUUUUUUCCACCCUUGACAUUGUUACAGUUAGUAAGAACAGGUGGGCUAACUGUUAACGAAUGCUGGAAAUCUCAACACAUCUAGAUGUGUGUAGGCAUCCAUUUCAUAGAUGCAGAAACUUCCCACCAAAUUCCUGAUGCAUUUGCACUAAUUAGACGAGAGAGCAGGUGCACAUUGAAAAUUCCCACCAAACUGCUAUUAAAUCUGUACUAAUCACCAGUUAGAGUGAGGAUAGAUUCAUUCAAAGCAGCAGGAGUUGGCCACAAUUUUCUUGUGAAUUUACGAACUUGCUUUUGGGUUUAUUUUUUCUCCUACAAGGUAACCAUCCAAAUCAUAUGUGUACAUAUUAACAGUCGGCAAUCAUUCUUGCUUGUUUUGUGAAUUCAAUUUGAAUCACUUAUAAAUUCAAAUAUACUGGGUUCAAUAGAAAGAGUCCAAUGAAAAGAUUUAUAACCAUUCUUUAAAUAUCUUGAAUUUGUAAAUAUCUGUAUCCAACAGCUUGCAAAUGUCUAUAAAAACCAAAGAUACAACAUGAUUAAUAAAAAGCAAUUGGAAUUUUAUAAUUUCAUUAAGUGUUUUACUUUUCAUGGUUUCUAAUAUCAAAAUGUUGUUUUGACGUUUUAAAUAUAAAUGAAGAUUUAAUCUAACA